CAGUCGGAAGCCGGAGCUCCAGCUCCAGCUCGGACGAUCACUUCGCCAGCCCCCCUUCCCCGCUGCCCCCUCCUCGCACUUACAAGCCCUGUUUUGUGUGUCAAGACAAGUCCUCGGGCUACCACUAUGGCGUCAGCGCCUGCGAGGGCUGCAAGGGCUUCUUCCGCCGCAGCGUGCAGAAAAACAUGGUGUACACCUGCCACCGAGACAGAAACUGCAUCAUCAACAAGAUCACCAGGAACCGCUGUCAGUACUGUCGGCUCCAGAGGUGCUUCGCCGUGGGAAUGUCCAAAGAAUCAGUGAGAAAUGACAGAAACCGGACGAAGGGGAAGAAGGAAGAGGUGAAGAUGACCAUCAUGGAGACGUACGAAUUGACGGCGGAGCUCGGCUUGAUAGUGGAGAAGAUCUGCAGGGCUCACAGAGAGACCUUCCCCUCUCUCUGCCAGCUGGGAAAAUACACCACAAACUCCAGCUCAGACCACAGGAUCCAGCUGGACCUCGGGCUGUGGGACAAGUUCAGCGAGCUCGCCACCAAGUGCAUCAUGAAGGUGGUGGAGUUUGCCAAGCGUGUGCCUGGUUUCACCGGCCUGACCAUCGCUGACCAGAUCACUCUGCUCAAAACUGCCUGUCUGGACAUCCUGAUCUUGAGGAUUUGCACUCGCUACACUCCAGACCAGGACACCAUGACCUUUUCCGACGGACUGACGCUGACUCGCACUCAGAUCCACAACGCCGGAUUUGGACCGCUGACGGAUCAGGUGUUCACGUUUGCCGGCCAGCUGCUGCCGCUGCAGAUGGACGACACAGAGAGCGGCCUCCUCAGCGCCAUCUGUCUCGUCUCUGGAGACCGUCAGGACCUGGAGGAGCCAUCUAAGGUGGAGGUGCUGCAGGAGCCUCUGCUGGAGGCGCUGAAGAUUUACUCCCGCAAACGACGGCCCAGUAUGCCCCUCAUGUUCCCCAAGGCCCUCAUGAAGAUCACUGACCUGCGCAGCAUCAGCGCCAAAGGAGCUGAGAGGGUGGUGACGCUGAAGAUGGAGAUCCCGGGCUCAAUGCCCCCACUGAUCGAGGAGAUGCUGGAGGAUCUGCAGAACCUGGAGAAACACUCGGAGGAGGAGCAGAACUCGAGCACGCACACGAACACAGCUUCUCUCAACAGCACAUGAACGCCUCUGACUUCUUACACUGAAGCCGCUCAACGAACAUUGGCUCCCGUCCUCCCCUCCCAGAGAAGACACUAAACAGUAUAAACUCCAGAUGCAGUCAGUGUCUUACCUCAGUGGUUGGAGAACUGUCAGUGCACGCUCGCUGUGUUUAAAGACAGUUACGCUGAUGAAAGAUGAGCUAAUUUCUGAGUUUGAGUUCUGCUUCAAAAGGGGGAAAAAAGAGAGAAUGAUGCAGUAAUGUUUUAAUCACAAAUGUUAACCCCUCCUGGCAGACGCCUCAUAACCACUGGGAAUAACUCCCCCAGCAACUUCUGCUGUAUUUAUACAUUCAUGAGAUAUCACAUGGAUUAAUUUUUACCUCAUUAAAUAACAAUGCAUUUAGCAUUAGAGUAGCAAAGUUAGUAAAAACAAACAUAUGGACUUUUUUACAUACUACAUAUACUAUAUACUACGUUCACUUCUCAACGUCUACUGUUUGUACACAAUUUAUUGACGCCCACAUGUGUAAAAAGAAAGCUCUGGACUAACUUUUGGAACACAUUUUAGAGAAGUAAGCAGAUUUAUCUGCUCAAAAGGGAAAUGUAAAUGCAAAAACUUGAUGUUUUUACUCAUAAAGAUGAAUGUUCAUAACUAGCAUUAACAAAGUUCACAAACGUAUAUAGCUGUGGACGUAACCGUGCUAGCUGUUUCCCUCCCGUUUCCAGUCUUUGUGCUAAGCUAAGUUAACCGGCUGCUGGCUCCAGCUUUAUAUCAAACGGACAGACAUAAAAGUGGGAUAAAUCUACUCCGCCCACUCUCGGCAAGAAUGUGAAUAACUGUUGUUGCUAAAUGGGUGUCAGGGUUCAGAGUCAAACCCUUUCUUAGUGCAGAGGCGGAUCUAGAGAAAUAUUAAUGGGGGGGCAGAAAUAUAGGCUGAUUUAAUCACAAAAAAUCACAUGAAUAAAAUUAUAAAAGCUCAAAACACUCAAAAACAUGACAUUAUUGUGGCACAUUAGUAAAGCAUUUAAUAGAAAUAUCUAAAGGUGACAUUAGAAAUCAGUACGUUGUUUCCAAAUCUUCAGACAUUUCUCCAAAUGCAUGUCUUCUUUCAUUGAACUUGAGCCUAUCACUGAGUCUUAACAUGUUAUCCUUAAAAUUAAUCUAAAUGAAUGUGUUAAAUUUGACAGCUUUUGACACCAAACUGUGGCGUCCAGGUGGUGUCCGCCCCUCUACAUCCGCCCCUGCAGCUGUGGUACAUUUUGCUGGAAAUCUGCGUAAAUGAUUUGCAGUAUCAAACCUGUUUGUACAGUGUAAGUGAGCCAAUACACACCUUAAUACUUUCACACAUAUCCUAAAAGUUUGAAUCCCAGGCGGCAUUAAACUGUACAUUGUUUGAAAUGGUCAGUUUUCAGUGUGAAAAGAUCUUUUUUACCGUACUAUGAUGAGCUCUGUAAAGACAUGUUUUCUACAUAAAAACUGCAUCAGUGUUUGAUAUCACCUUCUUACAGAUAUACGUACAUAAAUUUUACCUAAAUAAAAUAUACUGUACUGUAGAAAUAAUACUAAUAAUAAAGAAAACAGAGAAAUAAAAAAAAAGAAUGUGCAACAGGAAGAAAAUGGUCAAAUGUUUGAUGGUUGAAACAAAAGGAUGUUGUUUCAGUGUAUGAAAUAUCCGCUGUAAGGGGCUAAUCAAGCUGCCUGUGUACUGUUAAAACUCAUGUGCCUACUGUUAAUGUGCCAAAAUCCUCCAUAUCAUUGAUCAACCAGGA